AUGUCAUUGAAAGAAAGACUUGACCCUAUUCUUGAGAAGUGGACCAAAGAAGGGAAUUUACCCAUGAUAUCCGCUGGGGUUGUUACUAAAGAUGGAAUCAUUUAUCUGGGAGCCAGUGGUAGUAACAAUUUAAACAACCCAGAAGGGAAAACUAAUCUUGAUACCAUUUUUGAAUUAUACUCCACCACAAAGGCUGUUACUACAACUGCAGCAGUACAACUUAUUGAAAAGGGACUACUUGGUUUAGAUGAUCUUGUUGAGAAUUACAUUCCAGAAAUUAAAGGUAUCAAAAUCUUAGAUGGUUUCGAUGAGAAUGACAAAUGUAUAUUUAAGGAUCCUGUUAAUAAACCAACUAUAAGAAACUUGUUGACUCAUACAGCUGGUUUUUCCUAUACUUUUUUUUCCUUUAAAUAUGCCAAACUUUAUGAUACCACAGGAAAGCCAGAUCCAUUCAAGGAUUCAUGGGACGAAAUCUUAACUCCGUAUAUCUACGAACCAGGUACUAAAUGGCACUAUGGUGUUAACAUAGAUGUGCUUGGACAAGUGAUUCAAAAGGUAUCUGGUGUUACAUUAGACGAAUAUUUCAAAAAGAAUAUUUUUGCACCCUUAGGAAUAACCAGUAUGACAUUUAUUAGAAAACCUGAACAAGUUGCUAACAAGGCUAUUAUUCAUUCUCGUGAAGAAAAUGGAUCUUUGAAGGUUCUUCCAGAUGAUAGACCUUUGGAACCAGAAUUCCACUGUGGAGGACAUGGACUCUAUGGGACAAUCCCAGAUUACUUGAGGUUUCUACUGAUUUUCUUGAACAAAGGUACUUCUCCUAUAACUGGGAAACAAAUCCUUAAACCUGAAUCUGUAGAAAACUAUUCCUUUGCUAAUUUGUUACCAGAGGGAGUAUUUGUUGAAGAUUCUCUUGAACAUUCACAGCCUUAUUAUUCAAAACCGGUUACCACAUUUAGUCAGCUUCCUAAAGAACUUCAUACAUGGACAUCUUCAUUCUAUAGAACUGAUGUUCCUUUACCAACCGGUCGUUCUGCUAAAUCAUUUAUGUGGUGUGGAUUACCCAAUCUUUACUAUUGGAUCGAUCCUACGGAGGGAGUAGCUGGAAUGCUUGCCACCCAAGUGUUUCCAUUCUUUGAUGAAAAAUGUCUAGAAGCAAACAAUGAAUUUGAAUCUGAAGUUUAUAAGUUUUUAAGAGCCUAA